CCAUCACUCCUACCCCAGACUUGCGUGACUUGCCAAUGUCCGGAGCUUGCACUUUGUCUGAAUCGCCCCAUGCGACGACAACAAGCCUUGCGGCGCAUUUUUCCUCGCAAGGAGCUGUCGAAGCUUCGGCAUGUAGUAGCAAAAUUGGGUCGCCGGCUCUACCACGACGAAUCCUUUGGCUACCGCAAACCACGAGAGUUUGAAUUUCCAGACUAUACUCCAGCACAGCUAAAGAACAGGCAAGUUUCACUGCUCACAUUGAAACACGGUCUAACGCUGCUUCAAAGAGCGGAGAAUGCAGCUCUCCUUCGUUAUGUCGACUCCAUUAGGACUCAUGGACAUCGUGCAGCUCGUAUUGACCCAUUGGAUCUUAUCCAACGAGAAGAAGUCGCUGCACUUGACCCUCGAAGAUAUGGUUUAUUGGACGACACUAAGAAGUACAACGUUAACGGAAUUGUCUGGACCAGUCCUGUCGGCAUUACGCAUCGUGAGGAUGUCGAAGAAUGGUGGACGCUGGGUCAGGUCACAGAACACCUUCGCGACAUAUACACUGGCCCCAUUGCCUACGAAUUUAUGCACUCGUCCAACAAGACAGAACGGUUGUGGUUCGCACAUGCCUUGGAAUCCAAACAUCUUGCGUCUACCCAAACUCCUCUCCCACUUGAGGCCAAGGAACGAAUACAUGGACUCCUUGCUAGAAGCGAAGUAUUUGACAACUUCCUUCAACUCAAGUUUCCCAACCUGAAACGGUAUGGAUUAGAAGGUGGUGAAUCUAUGCUGCCGGCCCUUGAUUCUCUCUUUUCAGUUGCCGCACAAGCUGGAUUAUCGUCAAUUAUCAUUGGGAUGCCGCACAGAGGGAGAUUGAACUUUCUCACUGACCUCCUUCAAUAUUCUGCAACGGCUCUAUUUCACAAAAUCAAAGGCGGAGCCGAGGUGCCAGAAGAUCUUGGUGCGGAGGGCGAUGUUCUCAGUCAUCUUGCCGCCUCUCCGAAUCUUCAAUACGAUGGCGCUCUGAACCCGAUCCAGGUCUCCCUAUUGCCCAACCCUUCGCAUCUGGAAGCAAUUAACCCUGUCGCGAUGGGAAAAACACGCGCCAAGCAGUACUCGUUACUGAAAACGUCGCCGGAUGACUGUUCUCUCGGGGACAAAGUAAUGUGUGUUCAAUUACAUGGCGAUGCUAGCUUUUCUGGUCAAGGAGUUGUAAUGGAAGCUCUUGGAAUGAGUAAUCUUCCUCACUUCACCAGUGGGGGAAGUGUUCACAUUGUGGUCGACAACAACAUUGGGUAUACUACACCGGCCACUGGCGCAAGAUCCUCGUUGUAUUGCUCUGAUGUGGGCAAAAUGACUAGUGCACCUGUUUUACAUUGUAACGGCGAUCAUCCAGAAGAUGUCGUUCGGGCAAUGCAACUCGCUUUCCAGUAUCGAGAACAUAAUGAACUCGACUUGCCCAAUCUGACCAGCCCUUUGAUGUACGAGAAGAUUAGCUCACGAAGAUCUGUGCCUCAGCUCUAUGAAGAGCGGUUGAUGGCAGAAGGUGUCCUUGAUCCAAUCAAAAUCGCAUCUGUGCGGAAUACUUACAAGGCUCAACUUGAUGAGGCUUUGGCGCGCGUCCCGUCAUAUACACCCACUGCUGCGAUGUUGCAAAAGCAAUGGAGUGGUAUGGUGUGGCCGGCGAGCGCUGCGGCAGAGAAGAAUCCUGACACUGGUGUCCAAGAGCACAUUUUGAAGUCCGUUGGUAAAGCGAGUGUACAUAUGCCGGAGAACUUCGAGAUACACUCCAAGCUUCAAAGGCAUGUAAAGAAUCGUUUGACAAGUAUCGAGUCUGGUGUUGGAUUGGACUGGUCUACUGCAGAGGCAAAUAUUUCAAUGAAUUUGCUGGGUACUAUUGCUUACCACCGACAGGCCCUUGCGUUCGGAUCUCUCAUGCUUGAGGGCCACGAUAUCAGAAUCUCAGGUCAAGAUGUGGGUCGAGGCACGUUUAGCCAACGACAUGCCAUGCUUGUCAACCAGAAGACGGAAGGUGUCAUCGUUCCUCUUAAUGAAACACUGGGAUCGUCCGGCAAACUCGAGUUGGCAAACAGCUCGUUAAGUGAGAUGGCCGUGCUUGGGUUCGAAUAUGGCGCAAGUUGGGAGCGGCCAAAUCUCCUUCCGAUCUGGGAGGCGCAAUUCGGAGACUUUUUUAACGGUGCCCAGAUCAUUAUCGACACUUUCAUCUCUUCCUCAGAAACCAAGUGGCUAAAGCAAAGUGGCAUUGUCCUCUUACUGCCUCACGGAUUAGAUGGCGCUGGUCCGGAGCACUCGUCGUCCAGAAUAGAGCGCAUGCUUCAGCUCACCAAUGACCGUUUCAUUUUUGACGAAGCCAAUCCAUCACAUGACAUUAACAUGCAUGUUGUCUUCCCGACUACCCCAGCACAGUAUUUCCAUCUGUUGCGUCGACAGAUGAAGCGGAAUUUCAGAAAGCCGCUUAUUGUUGCUGGUCCCAAGGCGUUGCUUCGUCUCUCUGCUGCUUCAUCAUCCCUACGCGACCUGGAACAGGGCACUUCAUUCCAACCGGUUCUCAAAGAUGCAGCCCCGAACUCAGCUUCUGCAAAGAGAGUCAUCCUGAUGACCGGCAAGAUCUACUACGAACUCUUAAAGGAGCGACAAGCCCGUUCGCUUGAAGAUAAGGUCGCGCUCAUUCGCAUUGAAGAGCUGGCACCGUUCCCUUUCGUGGAGCUCCGUGCUGUUGUUGAGCAAUACCCUCAAGCCCAAGAAUUCUUUUGGCUACAGGAGGAACCAAGAAAUCAAGGCGCAUAUAUUCACGUUGCUUCUCGAGUCGAGAGCGUAUUGGGUGGACGCCAAGUGUUCUAUCGUGGAAGGAGUGAAAGUGCAGUCCCCGCGCCAGGUAUCGGAAAGCUGUAUUCCGUCCAACAAAAAGAGGUAUUAGCAUCAGCAUUUGAAGGACUAUAA